CAUGUCUGACCCUCCCAAGAAACCAGGAUCGCUGCGGGAUCGUAUCGCAGCAUUUGAGCACAAGGGUGCAGCAUCAACACCCCCUCCGGCUCCCGCUCUACGGCCGAAGCCAGCAGGAGGCGUCGCCUGGAAGCCCCGACCACGCUCACCGCCGCCUGCCGACGAGGCCCAUGGAUCAGACAAGUCUGGCGGCAUGUCCGCUGCAGACGCGAAAGCUAGCAUCGGUCAAGGAGUCAGCUUGAAGGAGCGCAUGGCCGCCCUGCAGAAUCUCCAUGCGUUCGGUGGUGGGCCUUCUCCUCCGCCCAAGCCUGCCACCGAGAAGCCCAAGUGGAAGACACCGCCGGCGGUGGCUGCCCCUCCUGCGGAGGAAUCUGAGGAGACGGAACAUCACAAGUCUGCAGCGACGGAGGUCAGUGAUGAUGCCCAAGAACAACAGCCUACGGCGCCCGAGGAAGGCGAGCCUGUCGCUGGAUCAGAGACGGCUGAGGCGGAGCCGGAUCCUGAAGAGGAAGAGCGGCAGCGACGCGCAGCUAUUGCGGCGCGCAUGGCGCGCCUCGGAGGAGCAAGGGUCGGAAUGGCUCCUCCGGUAUUCAGAAGGAAACCCGAGGUGAACAAGCCAGAAACCUCGAAGGAGGAAGAGCACGAAGACAAGUCUCAGGAAUCCGAAGAACCAGUAGUGUCACCCCCGACUGCGACAUCUACGUCAGAGCAAUCAGAGGAUGCCACCACAGAUUUUUCUGAGGGAAAGGACCCUGCAUUACUCUUGCCCGAACCCACUACCGCCGCGUCCACGCGAUCAGCCUCUAUGCCCGUACCUGUGGUCCCACGGCGUGCUGCGCCUCCGCGCAAACGUGCAGCCAAGUCCCCCUCUCCGGGUCCUACCAAAGUGCUCCAGGACAAAGUGUUGGAGGGGAGCCCGUCGUCGACGCCUGGUAUUCCAGCUGUACCCGAGUCCGCUACUAGCGCGGAGGCAGUCUCACCACACGGGGGUCGCGAGUCUGCACUGCACGAAUCCCAAAGGGAGAGAUUGUCAGAAAGCGUGGAAGCACCUGUGACAGCAAAUGAGGAAGAGACCACGACAACGUCUCCAAGAGUCCCUGCUGAGCCAUCGGAAGCGCCGUCGGCAGAGGAGGCGCUCGCACAUAUCGCAGGAGGCGAAGAAGAACUGUCAUCGCGUAUUGCAGCUGAGCCGGUUGAUGCUCCAGCGCACACCCCGAGCGAUGAAGCCGAGAUCCUGUCCGUUGCCGCCGAGGUUCCUGUCCCAAUAGCAGAGGUGGAAGAAGUGACCGCCUCUGAGGAACAGGCGGAGGUGGUGGCUGCUCCAAAACCCCUUGCACAGCCAGAAGAGGAUGAGGAUGAGGCAUCGCGACGCAAGCGCAUUGCAGAACGGCUCGCGAAGAUGGGCGGUGUCAACCCGUUGGCCAGCACUCCUAUCCAUGCGCCUGUUUCUCCUGCAUUCGACCCUGCCGAGUCGGCCACCAUCGAGCGCCGGCAGAGCCUCAGAAGAGAUAGUUAUGAUGUUGCCCCUACUUCAUCGCAGUCCCCUGCGCACGACAAACCUGCUGUGUUGCGCCGUGAAAGUACAGACUCGCAAGUGCACCAUGCUACAGAUGCACCCAAGUCGCCCCCGAUGCAGCAGACAUCGCCUAAACUUAAUGCAUUGGGCAGGAAGGGAAGCGUAGGGUCAGUGAGGUCAAGCACGAGUAUUGAGCCUCCGGCAAGGAGGGCGUCUCAGGAUGCUCACUUAUCCAUCGCGUCUCCGACGCAGAACUUCGGGGAGGAAGCUCACUAUGUGACCCGAAUGUCUCAUGGAAACACGACAGAUGAGGAAGUCGGACCGCAUGAGCCACACGAGGCUGUACACGAAUUGCAACAGGUCACAGAAGAGGAGGAACGCGCAACAGAUAGCGAUUAUGAACGUGGGUACGAAGAUCAAGAGACGCAGCUGACCAGCGAGACACCAUCUUCGAUUCAAGUGGUGGACGCUGCAGCCGGUGGUGAGGCAGACACCUCGCAACAUGAAUACAUUGACAUCGACUCGCCCGUGGAAGCUUCGCCUCCUCCGAUCGCACGAGCACCACCUCCUUCUCAUUCCGCCCCAUCAAAGAGACAAUCUUCGGUUCCGCCUCCUCGAGCAUUGCCACAACCACCGGAAGAAGAAUACACAGAGUCAGCACAGGGUCGGCCUCCGCCUGUGCGUAAAGACACACGUCCGUCCUCAUCACACGCGGAAGUAGUCGAGGCUCAGGCGCUGAGUACCUCCUAUAAAUACGGUCCGCCUUCCUCGCGUCCUGUCACCUAUCUCGAGGUUGAAGAGCCCGAGCAGCUGAUCGAGACUUUCGAUCAUGACGUAGAUGAUUAUGAAGGUGAGGGAUUCCAAGGAGAGAAUGUGCAGCCAGAAUACGAAGAGGAGGUGAAGGAUUUUGCUGGAGACGAUGUUGCUAUAAAGACGGCCGUAGCUUCGCAGGGGACAGAGGAAGCUGAGGAGGAGGAAGCCCCUCCUCCGCCCCCUCCGCGGAGGAUAUCUGUACCUCCUCCUGUGCCUGUGCAUACUCAACCUGAGCGCCGAGGAAGUGUACGGGAGCCAGAAUAUGCCCAUCCCGCGCAGCUUUCUCCUCCUCCUCCUCCUCCGCCUGAGCUCAAACCUCAACCGCUAUCUCGCCCUCCGGUUCCUCAUAUUCCUGCCCCCGUUCAACAUGUCUCUCAAGCUCCCCCCAGUAAAGUUGUGGCUCCUCCACUGAGCCGGCUUCUUACCAGCGAACGAGAGGUGCUGCAUGAAUCCGACGGUGAUCCCAUAGAUCCCACCUUCCACAGCCCCAGAAAGUCUCCCACUGUGACAGCAACGUCACCUUUACCUCCCCCGCCAGCUCCUGUCUUGCCGUCGGAAACAACCGAGGCUCCAGAGGAUGAGCUUAUUGUCCCUCAGAGUUCGGAUGAGCAGGAAGAUCCUGAACAGGCACGUCGGAGGACCAUUGCUGAGCGGAUGGCGAAGCUGGGAGGCAUCAGAUUCGGUGCGCCUAUGUCUCCGCCCGUGCGCCGUCCUCAGCCUCCUCCCCCUCCUGCGGAAGGCCAUGCCGAGGAUGUCUCUGCUCCCGAACAAGAACAUGAAGCUGAGGAUGUCCCCGCUGCUGAGCAAGAACGUGAGGCUGAGGAGGCACCCGAAGAGCAGGAGGAUGAGUUUGCGCGCAGGCAGCGCAUCGCGGCUAGGAUAGCUGGUAUGGGUGGAAUGCGUUUUGGCAUGUUACCAGGAGCAGUACCUCCAGCGCAGCCGGUUCAGCCGCCUGCAGCGCAUGAGCAAGCGGACGAACCUCCAGUAGUCAAGUCGACUCAUCCCCCACAACGUUCAGCCCCUGUCCCGCCGCCAGCACCUGCGCUACAGCCUCCAGAGAAUGUCCCCGAUGAGGGCGAACAAAUAGAGCAAGAAGAAAGCGAAGCUGAAGAGAUCUCGCAUGAUGAAGUACAGGACGAGCAGCCGCCGCCACCUGUCCCACCGCGGGAAGGCAGACAUGCCUCUACUGGACGUCCACCAGUACCUCAGAUUACUCGUCCGCCUGUGCCACAUGCGCCUGCCCCUGUGGCGUCACCAAGAGCUGAGAGGAGUUCUGCUGUUCUUGAGCCAACUUCCCCCCACACGACCUUCAGCUACCCACCGCCACCCAGUCGUCUACCUCCACCUCCCACUAGCGACUCGCAAGGAGAAUACGUGAUAGUGGAGGGCGAAGAUGAAUUACCUCCGCCGCCACCUCCGCCUCGCACAGUGAGUCUCAAGAAGCCUUCCCCACAAGCUGCUCCGCCACACCCUCCUUCUGCACCUGCAGAAAGUUCAGAAGUUCAAUGGGUGAUACCCUCUAUCCCGAGUGUAGACUUCGGCGGUACAACCGAUCUGUCUUUGUCUGCUCAAUGGUCCGAAGAUUCUACCAACUACCCACCACCUCCGCCACCCUCCAAGGCUGAGCCUUCUGGAUCGCCCAGCCAGCCGCCAGCACAGUCGCCGAGCCGUCCACGUUCCGAGUCUCACCUCACCGCCGACGAUCUGAUGGCUCAGUGGGGCCGUGUCGGUGUGCAGAUUGUCGAGCACGCCACGACGCUGUUUGAAAAAUCAAAGAAGUCCUUAGUCGGAGAUGGGUCGUACAUUGGAUUCGUGACGAAUGUAUUGAGUCAGGUCCCCAACGCCGCCCAGCCAGAACCACCGUUCACGUCCUUCGGUUACCUGAUCUAUGCACAGAAUGGCUCGUCUGUGCAGCGGCGCGUUAGCGAGAUCAUGCCUGGCGAUGUCAUCGUUCUCCGCGAAGCGAAGUUCAAGGGUCAUAAGGGCCUGCAGAUCUAUCAUCAGACUGUUGGUGCUGGAGAACCACUAUAUGCUAUCAUUGCGGAUUACGAAAUGAAGAAGGCCAAAGUCAAGGUCUUCCAAGCCAAUCAGCACGUUGGGCAGCAGACUGUCGAGUCCGCUAGUUACCGCCUCGAAGACCUAAAGAGCGGAUCCAUCCAGAUCUUUAGGGUGCUGGAAACGUAGAGGCCAACCACAUUUCAAGCUAGCGUCCACGUUCCUCUACAGAAUCGCAUCUCUUAUAAUUUCUGGACAAUAAUGUGUAUCUAUAAAGGUGAAAUGGAAUGGAUUUGAUAAUCUGGUAUGACAAGUA